CCCACGAACCUGCCGGCAUUUCGGUUGUCUUUAGUCACGCCUUUUUCUCCUCGUUUUAUUUUUUUUGCCCAUUUUUCUCUCUCUUGAGUUUCUCUCUCUCUCUCCCUCGGAAAACUUUUUGGUGGGCUGUUCUUGUUCGUCGGAUUUUUUGAGGUAGUUUGUUGUUGUCGUGUAUUUUUGGGGCUAAUUUUGUUGUGGUUUUUGGGAUUUAUUUGAUUGAUUGAGUUGGAAUUUGCAGUUAUCUUUAGGGAUUUUGAAAUUUUAUGGAGUGCAUUGAGGCUAGGGCUUUGAAAUCCAGCUUUCUGUUGAAGGCGGAUUCCCAGGCGUUGUACAACGAUGACGUUUGGUGUCUCGCCGGAAUUAAUGGCGCCGCCGCGGCCACGACGGAGGAUUUUCCUGUUGACGAUCUCCUUAACCUCGAUUUGCCGGAAAUGGAGUUUCAGGAGUCUGGUUUUUUGCAGAAGCUUGACGGUUCUGAUAACGGAAGUUUGAGGUUGCCUUCGUCGUCAUCUUCUUCUUCCUCGUCGUCGCUUUCCGGCGCCGACGACGUCAACGGUUUCUCCGCCGGUGAAUUCGACGUUCCGGUUGAGGAUUUGGAGAAUUUGGAAUGGUUGUCUCAAUUCGUCGACGAUUCUUCGUCGGAGCUCUCGUUGUUGUUCCCCGCCGGGAAUUUCUCUGCUGAAACUCCGGCAACUGCGGCGAACCGGAUCGAACCGGUCUUGGAAAUCGAAGCUCCAGUAUUUCCUUUCGCCUUCCCGAGGAGGUCCAGGACCGGGCGCACCCGGCCCAACAGUCGGCUAUGGUCCUUGUUGUCUCCGCUGUUGAGCGCCGCCGACUCGUCCUCGACGACGUCGUCUUCCUCAACUUUAUCUCCGUUCACAUUCCUGAACCCGGCCGGAGACCGGUUCGAGAAGCGACCGGUUAAGAGGCAGAAGAGAAGCACGGAGGCGGAAACCGGUCGGAGAUGCACGCAUUGCCAAGUCCAGAAGACGCCCCAGUGGCGAACCGGACCGCUCGGUCCGAAGACCCUCUGCAACGCCUGUGGAGUCCGGUUCAAGUCCGGUCGGCUUUUCCCUGAAUACAGACCGGCCUGUAGCCCGACUUUCUCUCUGGAAGUGCAUUCUAAUAGCCACCGGAAAGUUCUGGAGAUGCGGCGGAGGAAGGAAGUCACAGUGCCGGAGGCGGCGGCGGCGGCGGCGGCGGAGUUUAUCCCGGUGGCGGUUCGAAGCCAAAGUGUUUGAUGUUAUAGGGUAGUGAUGAUUUGGACCGGUUUCUUCGAACCGGGUUCGAGUUUAGGUUAGGCGGGUCACAUAUAACAUAAGUAUUUAAUUAGGGAGGGAGUUACGAAUAGUGGUUUUGAAUUAGCUGUGAUAAUUCAUUUAUUUGCAGUUAUUUUUUUCCUAAUAUUAGCAAAUUCCAAAUA